GGUUGAACUUUGAGACCUGCUAGACACACUGGAGCAGCUGUGCGUUGUUUCAUCACAGAUCAAAAGCCAACGGGUGACACUCCUUUUAAUUAUCUCUUUCCCCCCGGCGGCAGUGGAGAAGACGCUGGCCCCUAACAUGCCUCGUUUCACGGUUAGCUGGGAAUAAUUUUGUAUUUGGACGCUCCUUUUGUUUUAAGUAGGUCAAACAAUAGGUUUUCAACAAUGAGGCCGCCGGUUGAAGUCUCCGUGUUCCUCCUCUCCCUCCUGGCUCCUGGAGUUUUGUACACCAUGAACAACAUCCCCGCGCUUCAGGAGCCUCUACCUAUCCUGGGAAUGGGAAUGGUCGUCCUGGGAUCUGUUCUUCUUCUCCUCCUCCUCACUGUGCAAGACAAGAUGAAAGUGGACCCUUUAUUCUAUGUGUUUGCUGAGUUUUCCUUCACCUGCAUGGUUGGCUUGACGAACGCUUUAGAGCAGGACGGGUUCAUCUCUGGCUUCAUGGGCUUCUAUCUAAAGAUGGGUGAGCCUCAUCUCAGUACCGCCUAUGCCGUGAUGAUGUCUUACUGGGAAGGCGUGGUUCACUUUGUCCUCUUCCUCACCAUCAUCCACUGCAUGUUCAGACGGAAGUCCUAUCGCAGCCUGGGCCUGCUGUGGGCGGGCUCCUCCAUCGCCCACCAAAUUGUUCUCAUCCCGGGAGUGGUCAUUGGUAAAUAUGGCUCUAACAUCCGACCAGCCUUUUGGAGGAAUGUCCCGUUCUUUCUGGUGCCUUUCUGGGCAGCCUCCCUGCUCUUCAGCAGACCCAGAGAGAUGCCGAUUGUCCCAGCAGACAAGGUUGCGGCAGAGCAGAAGAAAGGUCUGCUGUCCCGGCCGGUCGACCUGCUUCUCUCACUUCUGUUAGUGGGAGCGAUGGCGUUCUCUGUUUUCAGGGGCUUAGUGGUGCUGGACUGUCCUCUGGACGCCUGUUUCACCUACAUCUAUCAGUAUGAGCCGUAUCUCAAAGACCCAGUCGGCUUCCCCAGGGUUAUGAUGCUGGUGUAUUUGUUCUACGCCGUGCCCCUGCUGACUGUCCUCAUCUAUGGUCUGAAAACACCUGGGUGCAGCUGGAUGUUAGACUGGACCAUCUUCUUUGCUGGAGCCAUGGCUCAGACCCAGUGGUGCCAUAUCGGUGCAUCUCUGCACUCCCGUACUCCCUUCACGUACCGAGUCCCGGCAGACAAAUGGUGGCCUGUUAUCACUCUCAAUGCGCUGCUCGCUGCUGCGCCGGCUCUGCUCGCCCUGCGCUGCCACACCAACCCGGCUUAUUUUAUGAAACCCGUUCCCAAGGGACAGACCAACAACGAGAAGAAGAAGAACUAAACCACACACCAGCCACAGACUGUCAAGGAAUACUUCACGCUAUGUGACAAGGCUAAUGUUUUCUGGGGACUCUCUUUUGUGCACAAACUGCUUUAAACACACAAAUUUUUCAACCUUUAAAACCCAGAAGAAAUCUUUAAAAAAAAAAAACUGCUCUCUGAGUUCACUGUUUGAAAUCAGUCAACUCUCGCAGCACUCCCUGCAUGGACUAUUGGACCCUGAUAAGAAAGGCUGUUGAUGAAGUUGAGGGCUUUCAGCUUUCAGGUGACUCACGCAGACACCCAGCUGGUAUCGUCCCAAACUAAGACUGCAAACCUGAAUAUAGAGGUCGGCAACACACUGCUGGAGACUGAAAGUCAUUAUUAUACAUCUUUCUAUGUAGAAAUCCACACAGAGACUCUACAGCUUUAGUUUGUUUUGUACUGAUUUAAAAUUGACAUGGUCUGUGAAAACUACCACAGCUUUCAUCCAUUUAAAAACUGCACAUACAGGUUCAUAAAAUUCACUGAAAGCCUGAGUAACCUGAGAGUUUGUGAUAAGGGUGGGUAAUAGCAGAUGGUACUCAAGCAGUAAAUAUGAUGAAGGAAGACAUUCACUCACUGACACACCGUGCAAUGUGUUUGGUGAUCCUGCAUGUUGUCACUAGGGCUCCUGUCUUAUCUGUUGGUUGACUAAUUAAUUGUUUGGUUUAUAAAAUGUCAACAAUCUCUCACACUUGAGAAGCUGAAACAUCAUCAAUUAAUCAACUAAUAAUUUUACCUUUAGUUAUCUCAGUGCCUCACGUUCCACUUUAUUUACAUCAAUAAAAACAAAUGGUUCGGUAUCUGAGAGUCUCUUAGCUCAUGUCUGUCUUCAAGCUGUAAGUUGAUAAUGAAUCCAAAGUUAAAAUUUGUUUUUCUCCACUGUAUGAGCAGUUUCCUGGUUUCACAGGACCGUCUCCUCCGAAGUCAAUAUGUCAAUACUGUCCCUGUGUGGUGAUGUCAUUGUGCCCUAUGUGCGGUGAACUGCUGCUGUUGUCAAACUGAUAAGCAGUGAACCCUGGAAUUAGGUGAGCUGGCUCAUACAACAGCAAAUGAUCACAUGGCACAUCGGUCGGCCGUGAGUGGCUCAAACCGUUUCAGUCUCGGAUUCUAAAUUGUCUUUUUUUUUUUUUUUGGUGGUAAAUCAGAAUUGUCCUCUCAUGCUGUGUGCACAGGGCUAUAGCUACAUAUGAGGACAAUGAGGUCACAUCUUCAGGUCUUUUUUUUCUCAGAAUACAUUUUAUAAUCUAAAAGUUUUCAGGUGAAGGAAAAUGAAUAAUGAUAUCAAUUUAACUAUUAAUUUAAAUAUUCUCAGUGCAAUUUAUUCUUGGCAGAGAAGAGAGAACUGGCACCAUCGUGAAAGAAAAACUGGACAUAAAACUUGAAUCUCAAAUGGGUUUUUAAAAAUGACCAAGUAAAUGAAUUAAACAUGGACAAAAUGUGUGCAUGUGUGCGUGUGUGUGUGCGUGUGCAUCUGGCUGAAAUGUCCUAUAAUACAUUACACACCUGUGAAAAUUGAA